UUGUCGCAGAUACAUAUUUCUGUGUUUAUAUUUUUGGCAUUCGUCGGGCUGCUGAUUGUCCUCGCUAACUCCACGGUAAUCGUCCUCUAUGAAAGAAAGACGUUUUUGAAAACCAAAACAAACCUUUGUCUGGUCUGUUUGGCUGUUUCAGACAUGCUCACUGGCUCAGUUGCCGUUCCCAUGGUGAUAUCGUGCAAUAUGAUGGUUGAGUCGGUAACAAAGAUGAAGAUAUGUACCGCUAUGGACUUAUCGUCCAGGUUUAUAUCCAUCUCUACCGUAUUGCAUCUGCUUUUGGUGACUAUCGAGAGAUAUUGUAUGAUAACUCACGCCAUUCAUUAUCCGUACAUUAUCACAAAGUUUCGGCUGGUCACUGUUCUUGUAUUCCUUUGGUUUUUCUCGCUGGGAGCCUCGCUCAUUCAAAUUUCAUGGAUUCCUUUGGAUUUCAGCCCAAGCAAUGAUUUUGUUAAAAAAUUAGACACUAAAUAUUCUUUAUCUGUGUUUUUUGGAAUAGUUGUGCCAAGUUUGCUGAUAAUGGGUGUGGCUCUAACCUGCAUUUUCUUAGUUUUGCGGCGUCAACUGAUUUCUAUUAAGGCAGUGAACAGUUACAAAACUAGAGCUUACCGUAGAAAAGCGAUCCCUCUGGAGGGCAAAGCAGUCAUUAUAUUUGGGAUAAUGAUUUUAACUUUCAUAAUUUGUUGGUUUCCGUAUUUUCUUCACGGCUUGAUGCAAGAUUUGAAACUUGACGUUCUUCCUCUGCCUCACUGGGUACAAGUUUUGCUUAUGUUUUUUCGAUUUGGUUCAUCAGUGGUGAAUCCGAUUAUUUAUACUUUCUUUAAAGAAGAUUUCAAAAGAGCUUUAAAGAGGUCUACAGGCUUUGCCAGCUCACGCCGCCGAAGUAAUUUGACAACAUUUGAUUUUACACCAGUUUGA